GUCCACCGUCCAUUCAAGUAGGUAAUUACUGCGCUAAUAUAACCAGAGCAACUUUACGAACUUGAGACCACGAAAAUAAUUUAGUGGCCAUAUGAGGAUUGGCCUUCUAGGAGCUCACACGCAUUCACAUAAAGUAUAGGUUCUGGUGCUGUGAUUGUAAUAAUUCAAUAAUUUUGAUGUGGUUUCAAAAGUGUUAACCGGAAACUGAAAGAUGGAACCAAAAUCCCUGCUGUUUAAACUCGGUAUCUUAACGCUGUAUGUGACUCAGUGCUUUGCUGUCGACAAAGCCAUAGGCACUCUGUACAGAUGGAAACAAAUUGACUUCGAAUACCCAACGCCUGAAGAGCGACUAGCAGCUAUACGAAAUGGGGAGUUUAACCCAAUUAACACAAUCAUCCUGGGGGUCGAACGAUGGAAGGAGCGAGUGUUUGUGAGCACUCCAGCUUGGAAGAAAGGUGUCCCAGCUACUCUUUCUUCUUUGCCUAUUGACGUUGAGUCGGAGUCAGCACCACUGCGCCCAUUCCCCAAUUGGGACUGGCAUAGAGCAGAAAACUGCACUGGCUUCACAUCGAUCUUCCGCAUGAGUAUUGAUCACUGCGGCACCAUGUGGGUCCUUGACUCCGGUCAAGUUGAGGCUUUUGAAACCCCUCGUCAGCUGUGUCCACCAUCUCUCAUAGCGAUAGACUUAGCAACAGACUCUGUGGUUGCACGUUAUGAGAUACCCCCUGAAUACGUCCUACAAAACUCUCUUAUUAGUAACAUCGUGGUCGAUUCGAGAGACGCUCGUUGUAGAGAUACUCACGUUUACAUUGCUGACACGUGGCGAUUUGGCCUCAUCGUAUUCCGCGCCUCUGAUGCUGUUUUUUGGAGAUUCAGUCAUUUCACAUUCUUCCCGGAGCCACUGAUGUCAAACUACACGUUACAUGGAUUAAACUUUCAAUGGACAGAUGGCAUAUUUGGAAUGUCUCUGGGACGACUACAGAAUGGCGACCGACCGUUGUAUUACCACGCAAUGUCAAGUUCGCGGGAAUUUGUAGUACCAGCGUCAGUGAUUCGAGAUCAGUCACGUGUUUCAAAUUCAGUAGGAGAAUUCAAACUUCUCGGUAAUCGUGGGGAUGAAGGACAGAUUUCUGCCGCAGCCGUGGACCGCAACGGUAUUAUGUUCUUUAACCUCAUUUCACAAGACAGUAUCGGGUGUUGGAAUACGCUCAAACCAUAUGAAAACGAUAACUUAGGCAUCGUUGCACACAAUGAAAGAACACUUAUAUUUCCCAACGAUCUCAGGCUUGACCACGAGAUACCACAGAGAGCAUGGAUAAUCACGAAUAGACUACCGAUGUACCAAUUCAAUUUGAUUGAUCCAAAUGAAUACAAUUUUAGAAUUAUGUUUUUGGACCCAGUGAAAGCAGUUCAAGACAACGUAUGUCAAAUUUAGGCUAUCGGACUAAAUAUACAAAUUAAAACUUAGUAUAGUUAGGUGUAGAACUAGAAAUAAGAAGUAAUACAUCAUAUCAGUUAAUGUGAUUUACUUUUAGAUAAACAAUAUUAACGUAGGUAUUGUAUUUGAAUGAAAUAA